AAGAAGAAGUGUGUUUAUUUGUUUAUUUAAUUGCAGCGCAUAUAUUUCUCUACAAUUUUAAUGCUAUAAAACCAGUUUGUACAUGAGUUUUCGCAAAACCGCCUGGCCCAUGAAUAUUUAUAAGGUGGAAAAGCAAAGUAGUGCACAAAAUAAACGGUGAAUGCAUGCCAAUCGGUGAAGCGAACGCGCUUAGAGUAGUUGCUGGUGCUGGUGAAGAAUACAGUUGAUUUUGUAAAAUCAAUUCUUUGAUUUUAUUACGAUAUCUUUGCUGCUAAUAACUAGAAAAAAGUUGUUUUUUCGCUGUAAAAGUGUGAUAACCUUACGCCGGAUAUAAACUUAUAAUUUUUCAACAACAAAUAUACCGACACUGCCGUGCCUAUCUGGGCCUAUGUGGAGUGACUGAGUUUCAUGAAUUGAGCACUUCGUGGGGAACAAUUGCCUACAUUAGCUGAUUCAUGUGUGACUGGUUGUCUAUGUAUAUACACGAAAAAAAAAGCAAUAAUCUACAAUUUCUGAGAUUAUAUUAAGCAUUGAACAUUUAAUGUGCAGCUACUAGAAAAGAGAUAUUUUCAUAUUUUCUGUGGAACAACAGCCGCGCUUAGCUAUUGUAUGCAGUCAGUUUAGUUGCUACAACCGAAGUUAACGGUUUAAAAAUUUGCUAUUUGGAAAAAACGUGAUCAAUUCAUAAGUUAAUUGAUACAUUGUGCAAUAUAUAUAUAUAAAUCUAAAUAAAAAUCAACGUAAUAAAAUGCCAGCUAAUACAGUAAAUCCAGACUUGCAACGUGAACGUGAAAAGGCGACCUUCAAAACACAAGAAUUUACUUAUUGGUGGGUUGGUGGCAAGAAUAAAUAUGAAGCGAAAAAAAAAUUGGAGAAAAUGUUCUUGGAUGACCCUGAAUUGCAGGAUGACCUACCCAUCUCUUACAUGUCGCCCAAAGAACUAUAUGAGCAUAGUGUACGCAAGGCUGUAAUUAUUGCAAAUAAGCUACGCGAGCUACGUGCCGAGGGUGAAGAUGAUGUCGAUACGUAUACUGCACUAUUUGGUGGCGCACUCGGCUCGGCGCUCAUCAAAGAGGGCAAUCCAAUGAUGUUACACUUUGUCAUGUUCGUACCAACAAUAAUGGGUCAAGGUACAACGGAGCAGCAAAUCGAGUGGCUGAGUAAAGCUUGGGAUUGUAAUAUACUCGGCACAUAUGCGCAAACUGAGCUGGGUCAUGGCACUUUUUUGCGUGGUUUAGAGACACGCGCCGACUACGAUGCGAGCACACAAGAGUUUGUCAUAAACACGCCGACAAUUAGCGCUUACAAAUGGUGGCCGGGUGGCAUGGGUCACACAUCAAAUUACGCCAUUGUCGUUGCACAACUGUAUACGAAAGGUGAAUUUCGUGGUUUAGCACCCUUUAUUGUACAACUGCGGGACCUGGAGACACACAUGCCAAUGCCGGGUAUUGAUGUGGGUGAUAUUGGACCAAAAAUUGGCAUGAAAUCAGUAAACAAUGGUUAUCUGGGUUUGAAAAAUGUGCGCGUACCCUUGAAUAACAUGUUGAUGAAGAAUCAACAGGUGCUCCCCGAUGGCACAUAUGUCGCGCCGAAGAAUAGCGUACUCACCUAUGGUACUAUGAUGUUUGUGCGCUGUGCGCUCAUACGCGACUUGUCGCAAACGCUCGCGAAGGCGUCUACAAUAGCAAUGCGUUAUUCAGCCGUACGGCGGCAGAGUCCCAUUGAUCCUAAUGAGCCAGAGCCACAAAUCAUCGAACACACCACGCAGCAACUGAAGGUGUUUCCACAAAUCGCCAAGGCGAUCGUGUUCAAAAUAACUGGCGAGUGCAUUUGGAAUAUGUUUAACAAUGUCACAGGCGAAUUGGAGCAAGGCAAUAUGGAUCGGCUGCCGGAAAUGCAUGCGCUCUCGUGUUGUCUCAAAGCUAUCACCAGCGCAGACUCAGCGGCAGCUGUAGAGGUGUGUCGUCUCUCCUGUGGCGGUCAUGGUUAUAUGGAUUGCUCUAAUUUCCCCACCAUCUACGGCAUGACCACUGCCGUUUGCACAUAUGAGGGUGAGAAUACGGUGAUGUUGCUGCAGACAUCACGCUAUUUGGUCAAAGUUUAUGCGCAGGCGCUAAAUGGUGAAACUUUAGUGCCUACCGUGCAUUAUAUACAAGAUUAUGUUAAGAAUAAGCAAUUCGGCAAGUUUGAUUGCUCGCUGGAGCAGAUUGUGCGUGCUUUCCAAUUCGUAGCAGCGAACAAGGUGCGCAUUGCCUACGAGCGCAUGGAAAAACAUCGCAAACAAGGUCGUGAACCAGAAACGGCCGCGAAUUUAGUGGGCAUUGAGCUAACGCAAGCCGCAGAUCUUCAUGGCCGCGCUUUCCUUGCGCAAUCAGCUUACACCGAACUGAAUCAACUCAUACCGAAAGUCUCACCCGAAUUGGGCGCUGUGUUUAAAACUAUUUUAGAACUAUAUUUAAUAGAUUCCUGUUUAAUACGCAUUGGCGACUUUUUGCGCUUCAUCAAUCUAACCGACAGUGAUAUCAGCAAAUUGGAAUUACGUCUCGCUGAUUGCCUUAAACGUUUGCGUCCAAAUGCUGUUGCACUUGUCGACAGUUUCGAUGUACACGACCGUGUGUUGGAUUCAGCGUUGGGCGCUGCUGAUGGCCGCGUCUAUGAGCGUAUAUUUGAGUCAGCCAAGAAAAAUCCUAUGAAUCAGGAGCCAGUGAAUAAAACAUUCCAUCAGUAUUUGAAGCCUUUUAUGAGGGCGAAUUUGUAGAUACAUGUGUGCAUGUUGUUUAAUUUUUUUUUUAUACAUAUAUAGUAUACGAGUGUGUAUAUGAAUAUCUACAUAGGUACGUAUAUGGUUAUGCAUAUACUAAAUUUAUAUGUAAGCUUAUGUAUGUAUGUAUUAUUAUGUGUGGUGAUAAUUGUU